AUGGUCAAACACUACCCUUUCGUAAUUGUUCCAAAGGGGCAGUCUGUCAAAGAAAUUGCGCAGAACCGGCCAGGCCUAUGCCUUGCCGCCUGUGCAGCAGCUGCCCACGAUAAUGUGCAACUUCAGCGAUCACUCAACACACUUUUCAACAAUCUUAUCUCGAUACGUCUGAAAGGGUCUUUCGCAAGUCUGGAUAUACUGCAAGGCCUUCUUGUCCAUGUUGCAUGCAUCGUAAGCGAUUUGAGAAUUGAUCAACCAAGAAAGCCUAGAUUAUGGAGUGUAGAUGGGGGAAAGGAGAGGGAUUCUGCCGACUGGGGGAUAGAGGAAAUGAGAGCUCUCGCCGGUGCCUACUAUUUGUCAUCGAACACCUCAAUUUUGCUGCAUAAGUCGCGCCAUUUCUCUCAUAGUUCCUACAUAUCACGUUGCGUCGAAUACAUCUCUGCGAACGCACAAGUCCCAACAGAUACUCAUCUACAGUAUCUGAUUCAACUUCAACGGUUGACAGAAGAGAUCGAUGAUGUCUGGAAUGCUGAUUUAGAUGACUUGGGAAAGCAGCGAGCUGGAGAAACCAUACGACACGUUGCCACAAGAUGUGACACAGUCAAGUCCAGCUUACCUUUUCCAAUCAACGAAAGCCUUCCCAUCCUUUUUCAAUUCAACUUAUUGGAACUUUUUUUAAGCCAAUCCUCUCCCGGAGGAAGUCAUUACGGAGUUGAUAAAUUCGAGAAGCCGGUUCCGUCCCAACACAGCCAACACUCCAAUUUGAUUGAUUGGCUAUCGGCAAGCAUUUCUGCUGCGCAAUCGAUAAUUCGGAUUAUCAUUGUUCUCCCGUCUGGAGAAGAAGCAAUUUUGUCAAACAUCUCAUGGAUCAUCAUAUACUGUGCUCUGUCGCUAGCUGUGCGCUUGGAUCUCACAGCCGCCAAGACCGCCUCCACUCAGUUUCUCAGACGCUUUCUCGACAUGUCCCAGACUCUCCGACAAGUCUGCAUCCGUCUCGAAGCAGCUUCAGGGGAGGACGUGGAUGAAACUGGUGAUCGUAAUGCCUUUUACCAUUUGGCUCUACGAGCGCGCCGUCUUGAGAAGUGGUACCAGAAACAGAGCGCCGAGCCACAGGGCAACAAUGAUCAUGACCAGGGUCCUAUAGAUGAUGACCCAUCACUUUCUGAAUUAGCACCAAGCUCUGCGGCUGUGUCGGAUGAUAGCCUGGAUUUUGGAAUGUCCUCGGUUUUAUUUUCGGACACGUUAGGCUUCCCAAUGCAUCUAGAUAUAGAGAACGAGGGCAUGUGGAGCGAUUACCCUCCAACGGGCUGA